AUGAGUGAAAAGUUCACAUCGCGCACACAAACAGACAAAUUGACCCACUCGAUGGCCAUGAAAACGACGGACGAUGUCAAGGACAUAGCAAUUGAUACACCACCAUCCGCAGAGACACUCAACAAGAUCCGCGAGUACACAGUCUUAGAUCGCAAGGGAGAACAGCAUUCAUUCAAAAGUAUCUAUGACGGACCCGACUCCGAGCGUGUUCUGGUCGUCUUCAUCCGCCACUUUUUCUGUGGGAGCUGCCGGGAAUUCAUUACCGCCCUUUCGAAAAUAUCUCCUACAAGCCUCCAAACCCUCCCAACACCAACCUCAAUUGUCAUCGUCGGCCUCGGAGAUCCUGGUCUAAUAGAUUCAUACGUCAGACAAACAAAUUGUCCAUUCCCCAUCUAUACCGAUCCCAGCAUGAAGCUGUACACGGAGCUCGAGUUGGUUGUUUCUAAGGCUAUGGGGCCUCGUCCGGCGUAUUUCCGUAAGAACAUGGCUUGUGUUGUUGCGGAGUCGUUUUUCAAUUGGGUUAAGCAUGCGGGUACGGGGCUUAUGUUCAAGGGUGGUAAAACGGGUCAAAAUGGCGGAGAGUUCCUUUUCGAGUCCGCUCCUGGCGGGGAUGGGGGCAAGGUUGUUAGCUGGUUUCAUCGGAUGGGUGGUGCAAGGGAUCAUACGUCGAUGGAGGGAUUAAGGGGUGUUCUUGAUCCCGAGGGUUUGGUUUUGGGGAAGCCUUGA